CUCGAGGGUGGACGGGAUUCGACAGUGCUCUUCCUAAUUACUUUCUGUACAGUGUUUUAUAAGUUGGACUGUUAUGUGUCAUCAAGAAACCUCAUCGGUUAUACAGCACUCUCAGGGACUCAAGUUUACAUAGUCUGUGGACUGGCCAAAUAAACGGCACUUACAGAUGUACACACUCACCGCCUGGGGACGCUUCGGAGUGAUGGUGGCGGGAGCGGCGGUGGUGGCGGUAGCGGUGGUGGUGGUGGUGUGUGUGGUAGGGCACGGCUGUUGGCUCAAUUGCCCUCCUACUUAAUGAUGAGGAGCGUAGACGUCGAGAGAAGGAGCGUCAGAGCAUAUACGCCGGUGAGGCCCCUACGCUACGCCUCACCACCUACACGAAGAGCCCCACUAAUGACCCUACACCUGACCUGGCCCUCACGCCAGGCCAGACUCCCACGCACACCAAGUACACGUACAUGAGUCCAAUUCACGGAGCAUCCACGGAGACUAACUCACUCCUAGGGGCGCUGUCCUCCAAGAGGGACUCAACGUACUCAUCCAUGUCUGAGUACUCGGGCAGGACGUCGCCUACUAACUCCUGUAGGAGCAGCGUGGGGGACAGCGUGGGUAGCGGAGUGGGAAGUCCUGUGGGAGGCGAGGCACAAGGCCACCUCUCCUUCGGUGUACAGUACGUCGUGACCAGCCCAGAGUCCAACACUGGCAAGCUGGUCAUCACUGUCCUCGAGGCGCGGGGCCUAACAGGACGGGAGUAUCUGGGUAACGCGUGUGACCCCUACGUGAAGGUGGUGGUGUGGAAGGAGCGACGGUCUCUCAGGAAGCAGAAGUCUCCUCCCCUACACGUCUUCAGGACCCGCACCGUCAGGCACACCCAGGAUCCCACCUUCAACCAGUCUUUCGUCAUUGAGGCGGCCAAGAGCGACCUCAAGGAGCUGGUAGUGAAGCUGGUGGCCAUGGAUUCGGACAAAUGGGCGAGUCCAUCGACGGUGGGGGAGGUCACUCAGCCACUCCGGGACAUCAAAAACUUCGCUGGACUGGAGGAGAGGACCACGCUAAACUAUUUCUUAGCUCCUGCCAAAUUGGACCUAGGUGAGGUGCUUUUCGGGUUGAGUUACCUGCCCACGGCCCAGCGGCUCUCAGUGUCGGUGAUCAAGGCCCAGAACCUCAAGCAUACCAACGUGGUGGACGACCUUAAGGACUUCUGUCCGUACAUCCGGGUACUGCUGAUCAGUGGGUCAGGUCGGGUCAUUAAGAAGAAGAAGACCACCUGGAGAUCUAACACAGCUUCGCCUAUAUGGAACGAGACGCUGAUAUUUGACUUGGCUCAGUCACAGGUGGAGCACGUCACCUUCCUGCUGGUGGUGUGCACGCGCCCUCAGCUCCCCGUCACGCCCACCAACUCAGACGCGUCACUCCAGUCCACCGAAACCUUCCACGACAACUCGCUCAGCUUGGCGCCCCCGGACCUCAACUCAUCCUCCCUUCAUGACCAGAACCAGAACAAGAAGCAGGAUAGAUAUGUGGGUAAGCUGGCGUUGGGGUGUAACGUGCGCAGCAAUGACCAAAGGCAACACUGGAUGGCCAUCAUGGCAUCCCCCAGGAAGGUCGUGUCGCAGUGGCACGGCCUCAAGUAAACACGACAGUGAAAACGUUCUUAGCAAAUGUGAAAAUUACUAAACGUCCAUAACACUACAAUCAACAAAUGAAGAAACGUUUCGACAGGUGUGAAAUUGAUAUUUUUUCAAAAAUAUUGAUUCUGUAACGAAGGAAAAUGAAAGUAGCAAAAUAUGUGAGUGUUGAGAAAACAUAUAUAAUAAACAUUUGUGAAAUUAAUGGGUAAAAGAAAGGAAUAAAAGGUGAAAAUUAUAUUGAAAACGCGAAUCAAAUAUAAUGUAAAAUAAAAGAACACUAAUAAAUCGAAAAAUUCGAAAUUUAUGGUAAACUUGAAUAAUUUGGACAGACAUCGAAAGAACAUCGGAAACAUGUGAAGGACGUUUGGAACAGAUGAAAACGAAUCAACUUGACCUAAAAAUAAAUAAUACAGGGUGAGUCAAAAGUCUCCAUACAUAGGCAAAAUGAUCACUUUAUUAUACAAUCACUUGUAAGUCACAAAAUAUGCUUUAUGUGGCCAUCAUUAAAUUUCAGCAAGAUAGGACGCCACCCCAUUACAGUAUCCGCGUGCGCCAGUGGCUGGAUCAGCAGUUUCCGGCUCAUUGGAUUGGCCGCCGUGGUCCCGUGGAGUGGCCUCCGAGGUCUUCAGACCUCACCCCCCUUGUGGGGGCACUUGAAGGCCACGGUGUACCAGGUGAAGAUACCAAACACGGACCACCUAAAGGAACGCAUUCGUGAUGCGUGUGCGCGCAUAACAACGGGCGUUCACCAUGAGUGGGAGGAACGCUUCCGUAAGUGCAUUCAGAGUAAUGGUGCUCACCUAGAGCAUAUUUUGUGACUUACAAGUGAUUGUAUAAUAAAGUGAUCAUUUUGCCUAUGUAUGGAGACUUUUGACUCGCCCUGUAGAGUAAAGAGAAGGGAAGAUGAAGGGCGUUGUGUUGUGUUGAGGGUUCAGCAGCUUGUAUAAAUAAGUGUAAAUAUAUAUAGACGAUGACACUAUGAGGUGUAAGUUACAUCAUUUAACUACACCUUUACACUUGGGUCCUGAAUUCUCAAAGGUUAUGCCGGUUUAAUUUUUCUUAUAUAUUUCACCUUAACUGGAGCUAUGAGAACGCGUCAUAUUACGUCCACCUUUGCGAUUUAAGUGAAGUAAGUUGCGUAGACGCGUUCAGACAUCUUUUGCGGAAGGAAAGUCUUGGUGUUCAUGAACCUUUGAGGGUUCAGAUCCAGGUGUAUAGUUGUUCCCCUAGUACAGUGACCUAUCUACAGGUUAGUGCCAGGGGGUCAUCUGAGGCUCGUCCCAAUAACCUAAUACUAUGUGUACAGCAUAAUGUUCUUUUUUUGGGAGGGCAUAAAUAUGACCCCGAUCUAAUAACAUGACUAGUUUCAGUUUUGUAUAUAAUUUAAUGCCUGUCAUCGUUGAGGUGUAAAAAUUAGCACUAGGCCUAUAUUGAUUAAAACUAAGUGUAUCCAGAUGUAUUAGAGUGUUGCCUGAGCUAUUGCCAGAGUUUACCGUACUGUAAUGUUCUCCAGAUGCUGAUAAUAUUCCCUGGACACUUUUGGCCAAUAACGUUGACCAGCUAGAAACUAAUAAUAAUAUACUGUUUAUGACGUCAAGUGAUGUCAGGUAUUGCUAAAAGUUCCCAAAGUAUUUUGUCAUUAAUUGACCAUUGUUGGAAGAAUACCACGAACAGGAAUGCUAAACUUUUUUUGAAAGCAGAUGAACCAACCAAAGCUAACCAAUACAACCACAGUAUCAUCAGGUUACAUUUGGUGUGAUUGGUUGGUUCGUGCUGUUUGAACAUUAGGCAACAUUGUAGUACUGUAGUUUAGUGGUCGUGAUCGUGGUAUUUUUUCUAACACAGCACAUCUUGCUAAUUUAUCUAUGGGUGAUAUUCGGUGAGUUUUAUUUUAUUAGUAGUUGAUUGUGAUAUUAUUUUGUUAUGUACAGAGUUAUGGUUUGGGUGAUCACUGGGAUUAUGGGUAAUAUAUUAAUAUAUAUAUACAAAUGUACUUCUAUGUCAAGCACAAAAUAUACCAUUAUGGAAAUUGGUCAAAUCAGCUUCAGAAUUAAAAGGGCCGUAGCGUAAUCUAAUCAGUUUUACAGAGAACUCAAAUGGUUGAGGUUUUUUAUAUUUUGUUUCAUUAGGAAUGAGGUUUAUUCAGACCACUUCACCAGCGGCCUCUCAUUACAGUCGUAGGCCAUGAAUGUUCACCGUACUUGCACAAUCCGUCGCAAGAUAUACUGUAUCAAGUCAUUUGUGAGUUCGUAAAAUAUGACAAUCAAUGUAAGAAUGUUGGCUUUCUUGAGGGGGGGAAUUUCUGCCCAACCCUUAGUCGCGGUUCUCAAGGUUCGUAAGUUAGUCUUUUUAGCUACUUCAAUUACAUAUAUCAACUUAUUUUCUGACUGACUGACUGAAUCCCACACCCACGACCCGUUCUCCCCAAAGGCUCCUCAGCGUACCUCCGGGUAGCUUGUGUCAGCCAAUCAAGAACACAGUUGACUACCACUAUUUUUGCGUGCGGAUAACAGAGAACACAUCUAGUUACGGUAGCGUCUCAGUGCAAUUUCGACGUCAAUUUUUUGGCUGCCAGCUUUGUGUCUUAGCUUAAGUGAGCCGACCCGUUUAGAUGCGUUCUCACAUCCCGACAUUUUAAGACGAAAAUCUGAUUUACGAAGCUUUGAGAAUCUUGUGUUCAUGGAGAGAGGACAAGCCUAGUAUGGCGGACUCUUACAUAAUCAAAGCUAAGUCCAGUAUCGUUCGAGUUGAAAUAUCACACGUGUAUAUUCAUAGAUGUUGUGUCAUAAUAAAUGGUUUAUUGUAUGAGGUGAGGCAAUAACUACGACGACACAGACAGUUACGUAUGUGGAGAAGUCGACACCAUUAGUUUAGUGAGUUUAAUGUUAUGCCUUGUUGUUGUAUUGAAUUAUAUUAUAUAAGGAAUAAUAUGAUAACUACGGGUGUUAAAAGUAGGGGAGCAUCAUAACAAAAAGUAAUUAUUAUACAAGUUUUAUUAUAUAAUGUAACAUGACAUCGUAAUAACGGGAAACGACAAAUAACAGCCUCCAAAGAACAGAAAAUUAUUUCUUAAGAUUUAGCAACAUUAAUUAAUAUGACAAGAGAAGCCGUGUGAACUGUGAUUAUGCCAUGUUAGGUCUUGCUAGUCAACAUAACAUCAGCUGCCCCGCACAACCUUAACGAAAUACCUGUAGGUGUCAAAUUCUCAACGUUUCCUGCGUUAUAUUUUCCCUUUACUGAUUAAGAAAUAUCUAGUCAAAGUUAGAAUUUCGGUGUAAUUUUGAUGCCAUUUAACAAGACUUUUCGAGUGAAUCAGAAACAUUUAAACAACCUUAGUUACGGGAAGGAAAAACAGCUUACGAGUGAGUGUUUGAGAGUGUGGACUAAUGAUGCAUAUUGUACGUAUAUUUAAGGACGAUGCUCACUUGUGUAUAAAACUUUGACCUUCCAAUGGCUGGUGUAUAUCUAGUGCACUUACUAGUUAAUCUUCACGGUCUCAUUCUCAAAUAUUCGUUCGUUAAACUUUUGCCCGUAAUUAAAGAGAUUGCUUCUAGGCUGCUGUUAAAAGUGUUCCAGUGUUCAAAAGCCUCCGCCGGGUCAAAAAUUAUCCUUAAUGUCUUGUUUAUUGAUGUAGUUUUCUCGCUGUGUAGAUUAUUUGAAUUAUGAUUAUGAUCGUCUGUGUGUACUAUCGACGCCCAUUCCGAUGACGUCACGAAUCUUAGUCUAAGAGAACCAGUGAGACGUUCUCUUUUAUUUAGGGGGAAAUUGAACCCACGAAUAUUUGAGUGUGGGAGCGUGUGCCAUGGUAGAGAGGUUGGUAGUUAUUAUGUUAUACGUGAAGAUAUAUACAACCGUGUUUAUAUUAAUUUAAAGAAGUUAGAAACAUUAUGUGGUUUGUCUUUCAAGUCGUGUACUGCAAGUGUCAGCCUCCCGUGUGUGGGGCUACACACUGUGAGGGCCUCUAAUACGGCCUACGUUACACCAAGAGGAAAAUGCCCAUAGUUAUACCUUUAGUUCACGUUAUUAAUGACACUGUCUAGUAAACAAUUUUCACCUUGAUUUACCUGUAUACAUGACAGGUUCUCAGUAUGUUGAAGGUGGGUGUCAUAAACCUGACGGCUGUUAGGGGUAGUGUGGAUGCAGUGCACUGAACAUAAGCCUUCGGUACACAAGGAGGUAGUGUAGCCGGCACUACAUUCAACCGCCUUCACUACUCCUACUGUCAAGUUAGGCGACCCCUUUCAACUGGGUCGACUGUUGUGUGCUAGACACGAACCAGCGACUCUUGGACAGUGGUGGUGUCCGCUUGACCGCCCACCCUGGCAGACAGUUAAGGGCACCGAAACAAAAAUCAGCAAUCCAUCGUUUUUUUUUUUUUUGGUUAUUAAAAGGAAAAAAAAAACCUUCCCGGUCAGUG